CUUUGUGAAGGCUCUAACAAUCGGAGCCAGUCCCGCGGCUGGAAGCGGCGUGGAAAGAGUGAGGCGCCCGGGCUUCGAUGGAGUUUGCUUUAUCCUCGGUUACAGCUCAGGCUGUUUGUUCUCGGGCGUGACAGUUUCUGUGAGUGACCGGACUCUUUUCUGCAUUUAAAAAAGCACAGGGGUCACGGGACGCUUAAUUCUUCUGUCUCGAUGUGGAAGUGGGCUCAAGUUUAAGCUCUGCAGAAAGCGUUGUGGAGCUGUUGGAACAAAAAUCUCCAAAAGCCAAACAAACACUAGGUGCAGCGAGAGGGUUUAGGUAAUACUGCUUUGAAGUUACUUCAGCUAACUCAAAGUUGCUCUUUGGGGCUGUUUUCUUAAUAAAAUACGUCUUAUGCCGGGAGCUGAACAGUUUAAAGUGACUCAAUCUACUAAAAAUGCACUUUUGCAGCCUGAUAGUACUUGGAGCUGAAGCUGCCCUCCUACAAAGGACAAUCUCCCCAGUUACAUCUGAGAAGAUACUUUGCAGAUCUGAUUGCCAUUGUGAGCAAUCGGUUCAGACUUUGUCCUGCUGCACGACAUCUAGCUGUGUAUCUGUUGGACCUCUUUAUGGAUCGUUAUGACAUAUCUAUACAGCAGCUGCAUGUGGUUGCUCUUUCCUGUUUACUUUUAGCAAGUAAGUAUAUAGCACCAAAGUUUAACUAGAGCAAUAUAGGUUCUGCUGCCAAAUAUAAGGUGUGUCUUGAUAGGAUACAGCAGAUAGGGGAAACAAAGUGGUUUUAAAAUGGGACAUACUAGUGUAUAUCAGUUUUGCCCAAUUGGUAGAGCCUUUCUUUAGACUCUUGUUUUGAGUUCUGUUGGCACCUGUUGAACCUGAUGGGACAAAAAACAAACUGACAUGAAAAACUAAUAUUUAUACUUGGAAACAAAUUGUUCCAGGGGGAACUUUCAGAGCUGUAUUGUAGGAAUAGAAAGACUGUCUUUCUGAGGACCUCUUAAAAUAGGUCGAUCCAGUGCUGGAAAUAGGAAAUUUGCAUAACUGUGAUAAAGAAAUUAAACCAUCUGUAGACUGCACUGCACCCUGCUGAUGGUGAUGUGUGGUUCUGGAAUACUUCAGAUUUCAUAAAUUGCAGUGGUCAUUAAGCAAGCUAAGGCUAACAUAAACCCUGUAUUGUCACAUGCAAAAUGUAAUACUGGUGAAAUAUGAAAGUGAAUGUACAGCACUCUGAAAACAGAAUUAAUUACAAACACUCAUUAUGGGCACUGCUGCUUAUAUUGACCCCAGCUAGAUUCUUGUGGUAUGUAUCCGUCUUUUGACAUUUGUGGGCCCCUUUUAGAUGUCCCCAAAGAAAUAUGGGUACAGUUUGCUGGGGUACCUGCUGCAUUUAUUCUUAAACCAGCAAAUUCAGAUAAAUGGGUCCUGGCAGCAGAGCUGGUUGUUGGUUCAGUUUCUACUGAUCUGUUUCCCUGAAUAUUUUAAUUUUCUCAAAUAAAAUGUAUGGUAUCAUAGCUCCAUGUUCUCUCUGCUAGAAAACCAGAGCACUGAGGUGUUGGCUAUUUUUGCUGUACUGCUUCCUUUCAUUGCAUCCCCGUCUCCCACUGAUACAGCUAUCUAACAGAACAGUUAAACAAGAAAGGGGUUAUUUCAGAUUAUUCUGGGGUAAACUUUGACUGUAUGCCACCAGCCAGCAGUCUUUUGGCAAAGGAUGAGGUGCUGAAUAUGAAAACCUUGCCUCGGAAACCAGUGUAAUCCAUUUAGGAAAAUGGAUUUACUUUGAACUAAUGCCAGACUUUCAAAUGAAAUUCAUGUUGCAAAGAGAAUUAUAACUUUAAGAAAAAAAAUCACCGCUGCCAUCUUUCAUGACAAGCUGCAAGUAGAGCUCCAAAAGCUGAGACUAGUUGUUCUUCCAAGCAGCAGUGCAUGAAUUGUUUCAGAAAGUACAAACCAGAAUGCUAUUUUAAACUUUUGCCCUGUGUGGCUUUAACAAGCAGUUUAAUCACUGAUGCAAUAUAUUAGACAGAACACACUAUGAUGUAUCUGAUAAGGUUACAAAAGUAGUAAGAGAAAUUAUGAUGUGAUUCCUGAAGCUUUUAUUUCUGUAAUUACUAGAGUGUGGGAAAGAAAAACUAACAGACUGAGGCUGGUAUUGGAUUAAGUCCUGUAUAAGUACCUUGAGUGCUGGGGGGAGGAGAAAAAUGUUCAGUCCAAAACUCCCUAAAAAUGUGCAUUUACAACAUAUCAUGUAGUACUGAAUAGAGUGUAAGAUGGAAAGAAUUUGCAAUGAAAUUGAAAUAGCACAACCAUAUGGCAAACUGUAUGGAAAUAUGACACUUGUUUCUCUUAUUAAUGGGUUUUCUACAUACACAAUUUUGCUUCAAGCUAAAACCAUACAGGCCUGACAAGUUAAAAGUCCAAGGAAAGCUGAAGCUGCUAGCAGCAUUAAAGUUGAAACAGUGUAUAUAGCAGCAUGGAUUUUCAGCCGUACAUUGCUGAAAUCCAUUUGUUUGAAGGGCAGGAGCAGCUUACCAGCUAUCAAAUCUAAAAUGAUACCUACCAUAACAGGCAUUAAAAGCAGCCACGUUAGCUAGGGCUCUAGCUGUACUCUAAUGAGCUUUAGAAACAAAAAGGGUGUAUGGGGGUAGGAGAGUGAUGAAACUCAAAUGUUGCAGUGUUGUGUAUGCCAAGGCACAUCACUGUGGUAUUUCAUCAAUGAUGAGGACAUAUAAAAUAAUUUGGUGACAAAAACUUGCCUAUGCAGUACUUCACAACCAACUUCUGUGUGCCAGGGUGCGAAAACCAACAGGACAUAUGCACUGCACAAUAUCCUACAGAGUGUUUGACAGCUCUUUAUAGUACAUACCCCUUUUUGUCUCUGAUGACACCUUCCAUUUAAGUUUUGCAUCUGCAGCAAAGUCUCAAGCUUGUUUGACAUUGAACUGAAAUAUGACCAAUGCAGACAUUAGAUACAAGCUGUUUUGCAGUGCAGUUGUGCUGAAACUUACUUUUUUUUUCCCCUCCUCUUUCUAUUCAUCGGAAGGUAAAUUUGAAGAAAAGGAAGACAGUGUUCCCAAACUUGAACAGCUGAACAGCUUGGGUUGUAUGACUAACAUGAAUUUGGUACUAACAAAACAGAAUUUGCUUCAUAUGGAGUUGUUGUUGCUAGAAACGUUUCAGUGGAAUUUGUGCCUCCCAACUGCUGCUCAUUUCAUCGACUAUUAUCUUUCUAUUGCUGUCCAUGAGACUGAUCUUCAUGAUGGCUGGCCAAUGGUUUGCUUAGAGAAGACUAAGUUAUAUAUGGCAAAAUAUGCUGAUUACUUUCUGGAAGUAUCACUGCAAGAUCAUGCAUUUUUAAAUUACACUCCUUCUUUAGUUGCUACUGCAUGUGUAGCUUCUUCAAGGAUUAUCUUGCGUCUCUCACCAACGUGGCCUACCCGACUGCAUCAUCUUACUGCAUACUCCUGGGAUUUUCUAGUGCCAUGUAUUGAGCGACUAUUAAUUGCGCAUGAUAAUGAUGUGAAGGAAGCAAACAAGCAAAAAGGACAACAUGCUCAGUCUGCCCAACACACUGUAUUUCAGACCCCAGCUCCAACUCCCCAGCAGGCUAAUGCUCAACAGCACAUACCACAGUAUCUCCAAGCUCAUCAGUCUUCAUUACAGUAUCACCAUCAGGCAUCACAGCAGCAAAACUGUCAACAGAUAUUAUCAUCUAAUCAUACAGCAUCUUACCCACUUCAGACUUGCCCUGCUGCCUUACAGUCUACUGUUCAGGCUCGAGGCCAUGCACAGACUAGUGCUGCAAUGUCACUCACUGCUCCGCUAGAAGUGAAGCCAUGUAUAAGUGUCUCCUACAACCGGAGUUAUCAGAUGAAUGGACGAUAUUCCUGUAUUACUCCCUGCUUUGAGAGGUGAUAAGUACAGAAUAGUUUUGUUCUUGUUUGGGGUGGGAAGUUGUGUUUAGGGGAGUUAUUUUCGGUUGUUUGGUUUUUUUUUUGUUAACCCUCAAAUAAGUUUGAGGGCAACAAAUCAAAUAAAAGAGUGUCUUUCUAGGAAAAAAGGCAACUGGAUUGGCAAGCAGUACCAUAGGUCAGAUACAGACUUGCUACAAGCACACAGAACACCCUCCAAAAAGAAUGUGUAUACCUGGGGGUGAUAAGUUCUUACUCUGGCACUCGGAAUACUCAGUGCUUCUAACAGACAUCUUUGAAAUACUAGUCAAAAAUAGCUGUGGAUUAACUACAGACUUAUCUUUUAAUGAAGGAGAUAUGCAGUAUUAUUUUGAAGACAUUUAUGUAAUACCACCAUACAGUAUUAACAGUUUACUGAAACUUCAGAAUCCACUGAAUGCCAGGUUUCUCCAGAUACAUGGGAACCACAGGAAGAAACAAAUCUCAUCUGGCUAACUCCAUAUUCUUGCCCCCUUUUCAGCAUAUGUGAUGGAUAUUUGCUUUAGGCUAAGGCAUUUGAGUUAACUGGUAUUUUGGCUAGUUCUUAAGUUUUGUACCUCACAGGAUAGACACUAUAUUUUUGCUUCUUUUCUUUUCCCUGUCCUUUUUAAGUUUAAAGUAACUCUUUCAUACUAACUCAGGGAAUUUUCUAUUCAUUACUCUGUGCUGCUGGUUUGUAUACUUAAUUGGGUAUAACUUGAAGGGAGAAAGGUAAAGAGGGAAGAGACUAUAGCAGGUGGAGUGGCUUUUCUUCAGGGCAUCUAUAUGCAGGAGUACCAAAGGGAUAUGUUAAUAUUCACAGAAUGUAGAUGUAAGCUACUGCCCAGCAGUGUGCUACUGAGUAACUGAAGAGAGUUUCAGCUGAACUUGUACUGUACUAGAACUACUACAGUGGCUGCAAUUCCUCUGUGUAUACACAAACACACAUGUAUUAUUAAUCAACAGAGGGCAUCCUCCAGUUGUACUGACGGUAUCACUCGUACAAAAAAAAGUACAGUUAAAUGUACUUUCAGGCUUAUAGUGGAGGAAAAUUCUCAGGUAAUAGUGGGACAACUUUUUCUUCUACUAUUUUGGAGUUCUAGGAGAAAAUGCAGAGAUUUACUCUUCUAAAUGGGUGGAUCAAAAAUAUAUUGCAGAGUGAACUGCUUUAUCACAAUUAAGGUGCUAAUUAUGUAACUUUAUGGAAUUACACUAUCUCCUGUGGAGUGGAUAGUCAGAGGGUAGAAAGCUUCAAUCAUCCAACUAUUGGAUGAAAAUGGUGAUAUUAAUGGAGGUUUUGUUUUGUUUUUUUUUUCUUUAAAUACAAGAAGAUACCUGACUUUCUCCUGUGGUGGAAUAUAGAAGAGAGAGGGGUAUGGGUGACAGGAUUCUUACUACUUUAAAAUAUCUUUAUAGUUUGUGGACUUGAGGCUUUUUUUUUUAUUUGUUCUUUUACCACCUUCUGGCCUGUCUUAGUGGCAGCACUUAAAAUUAUGUACCAUCUAAUGACCCUGAAGUAUUGUGAAUCUUACAGAGACUGUUUUGAAAGCAGGGGCAAUUAAGAUAACAUUAUCAAUAUUUAUCACAGAAGAAGGGCCUUACCAUAAUGUUCAUAGUGGAGGGAAGACAGCUGUGUUCAUUCUUUCCUGGGCUGAAUGAUAACAUGCUACAAAAACCUAUGCAUUGUGGAGGAGAAGAAAUCCUGUUUCUCUUGGUUUGUUUUGGUUUGUUUGGGGUUUUUUUUUUGCAUAAAUCCCGAUUUUUGUGGUGGGCUUUUGUAGCAUGUAUGUGCAAGUCAGGAGGGUGAAUGAAAGAGAUGAUCCUCUGCUUUAUGUUACAGAAUCAACUUUGAAAUAGGCAUAGUGGGGUCAAUUCUUAAAUAAAGUGCAUGUUGGUUUGGUUGUGGUGUUCUUGGUUUUGUUUUAUUUUUCUCUCCUCUCUCCAACUUUUAAUGAAUAUUUGCCCAUGUCUGAGAGUAGUGUUCAGUAGAGACCUACCACCUCAUAAGAUGCCAUGUUUUUUAUUCAGCAUUGUUACCCAUUUAAGAGGGAAAUGGACUUCUUUCUCUGGGUUUCGUUUUGUUGCAAUGCUGUAUCCAAGUCCUAAAUGCUCUAACUACCUCUGAUGCUAUGAAUGUACAGUCUUGUAAUAGACCACAACUUGAAAUAACAGCAGAUGCCUGUAGCAAUCUUUUCUGUAAAAUCUUUAAAUCAGCUAACUUGUCAUUGCUAUUUGUGGCACAGCAGUAUAGGCUCUUUUUUUUUUUUUCUUUUUUUUUUGAAUAUUAGUAAAUUUAUCCCAUAGGCAUUUGAUAUUUAAAAAUUUAACUAAUACUUAACACUGGAAUUAUAAUGGGCAGGGGUGUAUUCAGUUAGUUAAUACUGCAAAUUUACAUGUAAUAGGGUAUUUUUUAUUUGACUAUUUUAAGACAUUAGGUCAACUGUAAAAAGAUCCACUACAUGCUGUUUGUUUUUAAUUUAUUACUUAGUCUAAGUUUUUUCUGACACUACAGCUGCAUAAUGUCUACAGAGAAAAUAUACACUAAACAGUUUCAAUAUAUUAUUUAAAAGGGCUUUAUCAGUGUAUUUAAAAAUAUGCUGUUCUUACUGUUAGAACCAAAAUGUGUUUUUUAUGGCAUAAAUAAGAAUGGUGCUCCUAAAUGCAAAAUGUCCAACCAAUGGAAUCUUUGUGAGUGCUAUGCAUUCGACUUAUUUUUUAAAAUAAAACUAGUUUUCAGUAAGAA